AUGACCUCGCGGGGCGCCGCCGGGCGCUGCCCUCCCACGACAUGGCUGCAGGCCCUGCUACUGCUGGUCUGGCUCCUGGCGAGCAGGAGUAUUACCGGGGAGGUGUCAGAACACUGUAGCCACAUGAUCGGGAACGGACACCUGCAGUUCCUCCAGCAGCUGAUCGAUAGUCAGAUGGAGACUUCCUGCCAGAUUGCUUUUGAGUUUGUAGACCAGGAGCAGUUGAAAGAUCCCGUGUGCUACCUUAAGAAGGCAUUUCUCCUGGUGCAAGACAUAAUGGAGGACACCAUGCGCUUCAAAGACAAUACUCCCAACGCCAAUGUCAUCGUGAAGCUCCAGGAACUGUCUCUGAGGCUUAAGAGCUGCUUCACCAAGGACUAUGAAGAGCAGGACAAGGCCUGUGUCCGAACUUUCUAUGAGACACCCCUGCAGUUGCUGGAAAAGAUCAAGAAUGUCUUUAAUGAAACAAAGAAUCUCCUGAAAAAGGACUGGAACGUUUUCAGCAAGAACUGCAACAACAGCUUCGCUAAGUGCUCCAGCCAAGAUGUGGUGACCAAGCCUGAUUGCAACUGCCUGUACCCCAAAGCCACCCCUAGCAGUGACCUGGCCUCUGUCUCCCCUCAGCAGCCCCCUGCCCCCUCCAUGGCCCCUAUGGCCGGCUUGACCUGGGCUGACUCUGAGGGGACAGAGGGCAGCUCCCUCUUGCCCAGUGAGCAGCCUCCCCGCCCAGUGGACCUGGACCCGGGAAGUGCCAAGCAGCGAUCACCCAGGAGCACCUGCCCGAGCUUUGAAUCUCUGGAGCCGCCAGGUGUGGAGGCCGGCCCCAGCGGAGAUUCACGUCAGCCCCGGCCCUCUGUCGGGGGUCCCGUCCCUGGGAUGGAGGACAUUCUUGACUCUGCGUUGGGCACCAACUGGACCCUGGAAGAGGCCUCUGGAGAGGCUAGUGAGGGUCCCGUACCCCAAGGGGCAGAGCUGGGAGGAGGCAGAGUCCAGGCCGAGACGACUGCCAGGCCCAGUGGCCGCCUGUCAGCACCUUCUCCACUGCCCUACGCAGCCAGAGGCCAGCAGCCGGACGACACGCCUGGCACACCCCUGCCCACGGUGGACCCUGCACGACCCGCUGGCCAGGCCCAGAGUCACACCCUUGAGAAGACAGACCGUCCAUCUGCCCUGUCCAGAGACCACCAGGAGCCGAGCUUGGCCAGGACCCCGCCGCGGCCCCCACGAGGCCUCAGCAGUCCCUCGGCCCUCUCUGCACAGCCAAAGCUUCCCAGAAGGCACUCCUGGGGCUAUGUGCUGCCCCUCGGGGAGUUGGAGGGCAGAAGGAGCACCAGGGAUCGAAGGAGCCUCACAGAGCUGGAAGGAAGAGGAGCAAGUGAGGGGGCGGCCGGGGUCCCGGCCCCUUUUAACUCCGUUCCUUUGACUGACACAGGCCAUGAGAGGCAGCAGGAGGGACCCCCUGACCCUCAGCUCCCCGGGUUUACCUUCCACCUGCUGGUGCCCGGCAUCAUCCUGGUCCUGCUGGCCGUCGGAGGUCUCCUGUUCUACAGGCGGAGACGGCGGAGCCGUCGAGAGCCUCAGACAGUGGAUUCUCCCACGGAGCAACCAGAGAGCAGCCCCCUGACCCAGGAUGAGGACAGAGAGGUGGAACUGCCAGUGUAGAGGGGUUUCUAAGCUGGGCACGCAGGACAGUCUCUCCACGGGAGGAGACAUGAUGGGAGCGUCCACCACCACCCCUUCCCAGCUGUUCUCUUGGGAAUGUGACCUGCCUACCGCAAGAGCUCCUGCCUGCCAGGACCAGAGCAGAGCAGCGAGGCUGGGGUUCCCCUGCCCUUGACCCUCAGACUCUGGACUGACUAGGAGAGGGCUGGAGGAUGCCCGCCCCCCCCACGCUGCUGAUAUU